AUGGGUUUCGGUAUUUUGGACGACAAGCAUCUUAAAGAUGUCCCUGGAACCGCACUAUUAACAGACCUCGAGGUUGUACAUGGAAAACAAGUGCUUGUACACGACGCGAACUUGCUAAAGCGCGGGAGCGGGAGACAUGCACAUAUUAUCCUCGUCCCCCAACCAUCAGACAACCCUAAUGAUCCCUUAAAUUGGCCUUUGUGGAAGAAAGAAGCGUGCUUUUGGUCGCUAGCAUUCGCGGCCUCACUCGAUGGCGCAUUGUCCCCUAUGGUAGGGCCAGGAUACGUGCUAUUGUCUAAUCAAUUCGGCGUAUCUGUGGACACUAUUGCGUCAAGUUUCGGGUCGAUCUUACUUGGUCUGGCGUGCUUCAUGCUCUUUCAAAACGUAUUCGCUGUGAAGUUCGGGCAUCGAAUCGUUUACCUUGGUUCAGUAUCUCUGAUGUUCAUCUCUUGCAUCUGGUGUGCCGCGAGCCCAAACCUGUCUUCGAUACGGGCGGCUCGUGUUUUUCAAGGGUUUGGAAUGUCGGCUUUGCAAAGUCUCGUGGCUUCAACUAUCGAACAAAUUUACUUUGUUCAUGAACGUGGCGCUCGCUCUGUAAUAUGGUCGUUCUCAAUUAUGUCUGGGAUUACAUUAGGCCCACUUCUCUAUAGUUAUGUGAUAUCCAACUUGACCUGGCAAAUGGGAUUCUGGUUCGUGAGUAUACCUUUGGGCCUCAACGUCUUGAUGAUCUUCUUCCUCGUACCGGAGACCACCAUGAAAAGCUCUAGUUUAUCCGGAAGCUCGCCCCCGCAUCCAUUAUCUGAGAAGCAGAGUCUCGACAAAGAUAGUGUAUCAGAGCACGAACGUGUAGCCAGCAUUGAACAGGUUCAACCGAGACCCGCGACUUAUAUAUCACAACUAAGCUUGUGGCAUGGCACCUUCACCGACGUCAAUAUCCUCAAGAUAUUCCUCCGGCCAUUCCCUUUUCUGUUGUCACCCAUCACAUACUUCAUCUUUCUCGUCCAUGGCCUACAAACAGUCUGGCUUAGUCUCAUGCCGAUUUGUUCGUCGACCAUAUUUACCAUCGAGUAUGGGUUCAACGCCUCUGAAAUUGGCUUGACGAACCUUGGUGGGAUUGUGGGCAUUGUUCUGGCCUUGCUCGUCACCGGUCCUCUCACAGACUGGGGCACUGUAUGGUUAUCGAAACGCAACCAGGGGAUCUACGAGCCUGAAUUCCGAAUAUUCUUCAUAUCGACCAUGUUAUUCGGAGUAUUCGGAUACGCAGGAUGGGCUGUUGGCACUACACAUAAUAUGCCCUGGAUCGGAGCAGUUGCUUGUAUAAUGGUAGUAAACUUUAGCAUGGUCGUUUCUGGAGCAGCGGCGGUCACUUAUCUCCUUGACACCCACGGACAUGAAGCUCUCCACGUUCUGGCGUUGACUAACUUCUCCAAGAACAUUGUUCUCUACGGGUUUACCUUCUUCGCCAAUGGGAUGAUCGAACGUAGGGGUGUCAAAAUUUUUCUCUACCUCCAUGUCGAAGAUAUUAUGUGUUUACGACGAGUCAACAAAAUGUUCUUUCUUCUGACGCACGAGCCGAUUAUAUGGAAACGAUUUUUGCAGGCCAUGACGCUCCCUCUUCCCCCGCUCCGGCCAUACUAUCGAUAUUCUCUUCGAAGCAACGAUUUCGAAAUCGAACAAAUGGUUACUCGGGCCAUCUCCCUAGACGACAACUGGCGCAAUCACCAUACCGUGGCUCGGAGGCAUAAAGUGAUACUGACAGACAAGUUCAUUGUUGAGAUGAAGCUUCUCCCUGGGGGGAAAUACUUGGUUGUGUCGGAAACGGACGAGGAGGGGUACAGGUACAGCAUUUCUGUCUGGUUGCUCGAUGAUGCACAUGGGCCGCGAGUUCUUGCGCGCACGGAUAUGGACGUCAAAGUGUUCAAUCUCCAGGCGAAAUACACGAAAUAUCAAGGCCAGAAUGGGAUCAUGGUCUCAUUUGUCAGGCGCAAGUUUAGUCGAAAGACAUUCCCUUGGUUAAACCCCUCUCAAUUCGCUCCAAACGCUGAUAUCGAUUCGCCCGUGCCGUUCGACUACGAGAUAGCCUGCUUCUGCAUUACGCUGGAUCAGCUUGAGGCCAUGUCUGAUGCUGACAUCGUGCCCGGGUCACAGAAAUAUUACGAUCGCCUCAGAGUCCUAGAUCCACCCUUCCGAACCUUGGCUUUCCUGGGUUCCUCCCAGCGCAUGGAGCACGUAUCGCUCUUCGAAUUGAACGAAGAACCGUACAUCAUCUUCGUCCAACAGCCCAGUCGCAUCGUCCUGAAAAACUUGAGCACAGGCGUGCGAUCUACACUUCAAUGUAACCCAGCUCACGACCAUCCUGAUAAAGAACACAGUAUCAGUGCUAUCAAAGCUUUGCCCGGUCAGAAGGAUAUCUUCGUCAUCCGCACGAUACACAUGGGAUCCUCCGCACCCCCUCUAGUCCUGAUACAACUCUUCGAUAUGCCCAUAGCAGGGGAGAAGUUCCGGAAUAAUCCUCGCGAAGAAGCCGCCAUCGACGACAAGUACCUCUCCGACUUUGUCAUAUCUGAUUGCAAUACUCCAUCGCUUGGCCCCGACCAUCCGAAGCUUCGCACAAUGAGUGGUCCUCCUCCUCCCAUAUCAGUAUUUGCUCGGGCUGCAGAUCCGAAUGGCGUAAUGCACUUCAAAAUGUGGCCGGAACACAUCCAGGUACCUCCCUUCGCCGGUCGACCUCCUAGAACUACCUACCGCUAUGCUAUCAGGCUAUUCCAAAACCAAUCACUUCAACUCACCGGCUCGAACAAGGCUCACGUACUUCCAGGUACAGACCGCGCUAUUAUAUACCAUGUCCCAGAAGACGACCGAUCGGACACACCUCCGUUGGUGAACCUCCGGAAGUACAUUGAUCCAGGAUACCCGCAUCCUGAUCUGCCUGCACCAGAUCCCGAUGAGGACGUGGGCGUUCUUCGUACCACACGCCGCCGGGUUCCGCAUAGGGUCUUCUCUACCUUGAAGAUGCCGUCGAUCUGGUCGAAGGCACUGGGCAAGGGACUUGCCGCGAUCGCUUGGGAUGAGGGCAUCGGAAGGGUUUGCAUGACCGGGCAUCACGAUAGACUCAUUAGAGUUUUGGAUUUUGCAGACGUGCCCCAAUCACAACACCUUUUUGCUGAAUGGAGAAGGGAACAGGGAUAUCCUUGA